AAGAACCCUGUCCAUCCAGGGCUGGAACUGCCAAGGCGCUGCCCUACUUCAGAGGCGAGGGAACCGGGGUUCCCUCUGCUCCCCUGCGGUACUGCCCAGCGUGGGGGGCAAGGCAGCGGCUGCUUCCCCACAGCAAACCGGUGACGGGAGGGGAGCCGCAGGCACCGGCGAUACCCACCCCCCUGGAGGGGCCGGCGGGGGGGACACGGCGUGAGGUGAGCGCCAGCGAGGACGGCGGGCGGGUAAUGGCGCCGUCCCCAUGGCGACGGCGGGAGGCUCCAGCCGCCGCCGCGGUGCCGUUGCGUUCCCGCCCCCUUCCCGCGGCGGGGCUGGUCAUGUCGCUGCUGCGCGGGCCGCGGCCCCGCGGCGCCGGCAGGAAGGGCCCUAGGAAGCCGCUGCCGGUGAAGCGGGACUGGGACAGCACCGUCCAUGAUCUGACGGUCCACCGUGCAACUCCUGAGGACAUUCUGCGUCGCCAUGAAAUACACAAGUCAAAAAACAAAGCACUGGCGCAGCUGGAACUGCAAGAGAAAGCACAGAAAAGAAAAUGGAAGAAGCAAAAGGCCACUGAUUCCUUGGAGAAAAGAAAAUUGAUUCUGAUGCGCGAGAUCCUGUCUGAUCAAUACCAGUUGCAAGAUGUAUUGGAGAGAACUGAUGAGGUUAUAGCUGCGGCAAAAGACUUGGUUGGGGAUGCUCCUCGCACACGAACAGGUAUCCCUAAUGUAACAAUGGCUCCUAACUGUGACCUAGAAUCAUCUCAAGGACCCAUUGUACAAAGAUGUGAUGCUCCCACUCAGCUUUCCAUCCUUAGCAAAUCUGUCAUGCGUUCCCAGGCUCUUAAUGAAGUGGAAGAGGAGGCAUCAUCAAUCUGUCAAUCGGAAGAUGGACACAGUGACUCUCUGCGUUUCAAAUCCAGCAUCAGUUCUGACAGACUACUUCGGUUGUUGAGAGAAGAAAAUUCCUUGGUGAAUUCCCAGUUGUGGGCUGAAAAGGAUAUGAGAAAAACUGCCUUAUCACAGGAAGCAAACGUGCCUUUGACUCCAACUGCUUCUCCAUCAUGGGAUCAGUCAGCCCUCAAUGGUAGCAGUGUAGUCAAGAGAAUUCAUUCAAGACUUCACAAGGAAGAUGAAGAAGAGACUGGAGACUCCACUUACAGUGUGAGACAAGUGCUGAACCCAAAGUCAAGGAAACAAAAGCAAAGCACAGCAAAAGUGAAAAGGAAACAAACUGCACAGAACUCUGCGAGACAGAGGAGAGAUGGUUCCCCAGGUAAUUCAAUCCCCAUUGACCUUCAGAGGGACAAUAAAUCCAGCCUGGAUGUUCUCAACCACAUGAUACAUGAAGUGGAGCAUGAACUGGAGGAAUAUGAGCGAUGUACAGGUCGUGUGGUUCAGAAAACUGAGAGAAGUGAAGGGCUCACUGGGUUUACCUUGUCACUGGUCAACACUCUCUGUCGUCUGAUGCGCUACCUCAGAGAGAGUGAAAUGCAGCUGCGUGAGAAGGAGGUGAUGAGGCAGCAGCACGAGGAGACGCUGAAUGAACACAGAGAACUCAUUGAUGCUCUGACUGCAGAAAUACUUCUAGUCAGGGAGGAAAACAAUACUAUGCAGAAGAAGCUUCAGCAAUACAUGACAGUAACAGAUGAACAGCUGAUGUCUCUCACACAAGCAUUUAAAGGCCUCCCUUUGGUAGAACCCAGAAGAGAACAAAGUCCAAACCAUUUUGGAGUUACAGGCAAAGGCCCAGCAAAUGGCCAAGAAAAACCUGACUUGAGCUAUUCUGAGCCCAGGACUGAUGCAGACAACAGGGAAAAUAUGCCGAAAUUCCCACAGGAAGAACUUCCUUUCACGUGUACCCCAAGGCCAGGCGCCUCAGGUGGUGUGGGAUCUGGUAGAGGCUUGCCAGCUCACGUCUUCCAGCCAGCUGUGCUAUUGUCACCCCCCCUGCAGAAGAGCAGUCAGGAAUUGUCUCCCCUCCAGAAUGCAUUCACAGUCAUUCCUCAGUCUCCUGAAAACACUGAAAGAGAACCGUGCAAGGAAAGGAGCUCACCUUCCUCCCUGAGAGCACAGAGCACAGCUGAGAACUGUCUCGUCUCUCAAAGGCAGCCGGUUCCUCCUGGAGACAGAGAUCUGGACAGUUCCCAUGAGAAAAGCAGUGUGUCCUGCCCCUCUGACACUAGGAAAAGCAGCCCAGCUGAAGAGUUACUUCCAAACAGUGAUCUGCUGGGACAGAUAGCUGAGCUCACGCGGCAGAACUCUCUCAUUAAAGCUCAACUCAGCAAAUUCAGAGGCUUCUCUGAAGACACAAGUGACUACCUACAUCAGUUAGACCCACUACAAAAUGCAAAUCCUAGUCCAGCCUCUUCACAAGGACAGAUUCAUCUCAUGGCAUCAAAGAGCUUGGAGGAAAGAAUAGCAGAGCUGAAUCGUCAGAGUACGGAAGCACGUGAUAAACUGUUGCAGCUAAUAGAGCAGCAGAAGUUAGCUGCUGCUGAUAUGGUCCCUCCAAUGACAUCUCCUGUUCUGCCCCAAUCCCUAAAUUUUCCUGAAAAUUCCAGGAGGACAAUUGAAGUGUCUGUUCCUGUGGCAGCUGCUAUGGACAGCUCCAAAGAAGACAGUGUUUCCUCUGCCAGUAUGGUCAGUAUAAGAAGGUCAGUAGGAGACUCUAGCAAACCUUGUUCACCCCUGAGUGCCACAUCAGAAAGUGUGAAAUCAACUCCUGUCAGCCAAAGGCCAAAGGUGGAAAAGCACAAAGAGGAAGGCUGGUUUGCAUUGUCAAUGCACGUCACAUAAAGCAAGCUGCACUCAAGUCCUGUAUUUUGUAUGGUUUCUUUAUGAACCACACUAGGUCAUAGUAGUCCUCCUCUCCAGAUGUACAGUUUAAUUCUGAAGUGCUUUCCUGUCAAUGCCAUUCACAUUCCAUGUGAAACUUCCUGGGAAUGAGUUUCUGAGGUAGACAUGCUGCUGUGACAUCAGGUCUUUACACCAAAUAACUCUUUUGCAAGUGUAAACUCAGGUUGCUGCAGUAAUAGAGCUGAGCAUCUGAUACCUGUGCUUAGAUGUGCUGAAGACAGGAGGUAUUGGAAAUUCCAUGUGAAACUUCCUGGUUCAUGUAUUCACACGGGAUGGAAAUAAC